AUGAUGUCCGACAAUGCCUCCAUAGUGUCCUCCAACCCCUCCCGAUCCGUCUUCCCCAAAGGUCCUAGCUUCACACUUGAGGACUUCUCCAGUCGAGACUUCAUCGUCAAGGAAUUCAUUGAGGCGCUCUCUGACACAGCCAUAUCAUCACGCCGCUCAGCAGUGGGAACCACUGGAGCUGCGAACCAACCCUUCGAUCCGAAACCCCUCAUUCGUACCUUUGAACAUGCACAACAGCGUCUGGGUGAGCUAUCAGGAGAUCUAGAAAUUCGCGAAAAUGAAUUGUCCGCCGCUGUCCGACGGGCAGAAGCCCAGCAUUCCCAGAACCUCACCACACUUGGUCGAAAACUACGACAAACCAUCGAGUCUUUUCAGCAGCUCGACACAUCUCUCAAUGGCGGCAACCUGGAGAACUGCGGGGCUACUGGGAUUACUGGAGGCACUGGAACUAUGGCAGUGGAAACGGGAAGGAGAUUAGAGGAACUGGAUCGACAACGCCGUCGCGCUUUAGAUGCCCACUUUCUGCUGGAAUGCUGGGACGGGGUCAGUAAUCGCGGGGAAAUCUCAUUGCUGGAGAACUUGCGGCGAUCUGGAACAGCAGAGGCCAAGGUCCGGUCUGCGCAUAUUGCGCGGCAGUUGCUCCGGAUCAGUCAACGACUUGAUCCUCAGAGCUGGCAGAGUUCGUCCGGUAAUGGCAAUUACAGCAAUGCAUCAUCAUCUGAAGACUUGAACGUGCACCAGCUGCCACAUAGAAAUACGCGAGAGAUCAUUGAGAAAUUCUCGGAGACGUUAGAGAAGGAUCUCUUGAAACAAUUUGAUGAAUUCUAUCGCAAGGCCAACUUUGAGGGAAUGAAAGACUGUGCGACUGUGUUACAAGACUUUAAUGGAGGCGCCAGUGUAACUGCGCUGUUUGUCAAUCAGCACCAGUUCUUCAUCGACCGGAGUCAACUAAUGACCGAGGAGGUUGGUGGGGAUGCAGAGUCAUGGGAGAAGAUGGCCGACCCUGAUGCUGAGCUACCCGGUGUAGAACCAAGCCUUCAAUCAUUACUCGAUGAGGUCAAGGUAGUGGUACAGGAAGAGUCGGCGAUUAUCCGACGUGCAUUCCCAUACUACGAACAAGUCCUAGGGAAGUUUCUGCAGAGAGUUUUCCAGCAGUCCAUCCAGCAGCGACUCGAGAUGGUAUUAGAAAAGGCCAGCGGUGUUUCAUCCCUGGCCUUUCUUCGAUGUCUACAGAGUUCCCGGGGCUAUAUCAUUACAUUGAUCGACGAUUUGAAAGCCCAUGGGUUGACGGAGCACCCGGACGCUGUUUCAUCACAGACGGCACUCAUGUUGGACCAACAACUGGAGGAACUGUUUGUCCCCUACUUUGUCGGGUCAUCCUACAGUGAACGAGAGAAGCGUACAUUAGAAGAGCUCUUUAAUGCGCUGCUAUUUAAAUUUACAAGCGCUCAAGCCCGUCGCAAGAAGGCUGGAACUACUUUCAUGGCCUCCCUCUCGCGACCAGGGACAGAAUCACUAUCUACCACUCGCGAUACAUUUAUAAGUCGCCUAGAGUCGCCUGAUAUGUCCCCCAUUCAGAGGAGAACGCUUCUCCAGGUGGCUAAAUUGGGGGAUGUUCCAGAGACCGUACGACUCACCGAGAUCAAACUCACUGACGAGGAUGGCCAGCCCAACCUGAGCGAUGCCAAGCGCAUGCUCAGGUGGCUUGCAGAGGCUGUGGGUCGAGGGCUGGAACUCAGUGUGAACAACGACACCCAUAAAGACGUUUCAGCUCUGCUGACCCUCCUCCUGGUUACGAUGGAUGAUGGAUACGUAGAUGUUUGCCUUGACGCUGCCCUGGAGGCGGCCACCCAGCAAGAGUCGGGCAAGAACGAACCGGACUUUGGCUACCUGCUGUCAGUCCGGACCACGAUCAGCAUCACCACGUUGAUGGUGAUGUGCGUGGAUGCGGUACUGCUACCCUUAGCUACCAGCAGCAUCACUACCCGGCGUGACAUGGAAAAACGCACCUCUCAAACUACAUCCCGAAUCGAAGAAAAGAUCAACACCAUCGAGCAAAAGACUAUUGACGGAACUCUCGCUUGGAUCAGUCGUUUACUGUCGGGGCAGAAGAAGAACGAUUUCCGACCCCGUGAAACAGACAACGCCACCUGGUUGGAGAUGCUGCAAACACCGACGUGCGCCUCGAUCUGUGUGUUCCUUACUCGACUGCAUAACAUGGCACGCACCUCUUUACCGUCAAGCGGCUCAAACACCCGUCAAUUUCUCACCGAGAUUGCAAUGGGGACGCGUGGAUUACUCCUAGAGCAUUUCAAGCGAUUUGCUAUUAGCGGGCCUGGCGGUCUGAUGGUGACCAAGGACAUGACUCAAUACGCCGAUCUGUUAAAGUCAUGGAACAUAGAUGACGAAACCAAGGGGCCUGGUGGCGCGCUGGACGUGUUGCUAGAGGUUGGUAGUCUCUUUGUCAUUGGCGCCGAGGCUCUUCGUGAACGUAUCCGAGGUGGCGCCGCCAGCGGAACAACGGGUGAACCUGGUGGUUCUAGUCGCGGGGCUGGACAGGAAGCCAAACUCAGUGUGCAGGAAGUACGGGCGUAUGUCUCUAAACGAGAGGAUUCCAACACGUUAGCCAUGCAGCAGGUUCUCAACGCCCUGUAA